UCCCGGUGUCACCACUGGUCCUGGUCCCAGUCCCAGUCCCAAUCCCGGUGCCACUGUUCCCAUUCCUCCCAGUCCCACUGUCCCUGCUGCUCCCAGUGCCGUCCCACUGUUCCCGCUGCUGCUGGUGCCAGUCCCGGCGCUGUUACUGGUCCCAGUCCUGAUGCCUCCCGCUGUUACUGGUCCCAGUGCCAGUCCCGGUCCCAGUCCCGCUGUCCCCGGUGCCACCGCUGCUCCCA